AUGGAUAAGUUACGCGGCGUGCUGGAUUUCUGCAUCCGCCACCAGACUGUCCUGGGUUACAGCAUUGUGUCCCUGCUGACGGCUGUCAGCGAACACAUCUUCUCCUCUGUGGUGUUCAAGUGUCCCUGCAAUUCUGGGAACGUGCUCUACGGCUCCGUCUUCCUCAUAGCGCCUGCCGUCAUCCUCUUUCUGCUUGGCUACAUGGUGAACACCAGGACAUGGCGCCUGCUGACAGGCAGCUGCCCUGCGGAGAAGUGCGGCAGCUGCAGCUGCAGCCCCUGCAGAACCCUCGCCCGCUACCACUGCGUCCUGGUGCUGGUGACAGCCAGAGCCUUGGUGGCCCCUCUCACCUGGAUCGCGGCGGCCCUGCUCACAGCCAGGUUUUACGAGUGUGCGGCCAGCGGACACAGCCUGAUAAAGAACUUCAUGUGUAAAGACAAAGGACAAGAGUGCCACAAGCAGCUGGUCAAAAUACCUUGCGACGAGAAGUUGUCGCAGAACAUCACGGGUGAAUUCCUCAGCCUUCAGGCACAGUCCCAGCUGAUGGGAUGGCUCCUGAUAGCCAGCAUCGUGAUUAUAGCACUGAUUUCAAAAUGUGUCAUCCACUGUUACUCCCCGGUUAGCUAUCUUCAGCUCAAGUUCUGGAAAAUUUACUCAAAAAAGGAACGGGAGCUCUUUGAGAUCAAGGCUAAAGAGCAUGCAGCCAGGCUGGCAGAAAUCAAUACGAAUUGCUUUUUUGAAGCCACGGACCCAGCACCGUUUCAGACUCCCAGCAAUGAAGACUGGUGGAAGAUUUCGUUCUUGUAUACCCUCAGUUCGCAAGAGCAGUAUUACAGCAUGAUACACAAGUACGUUAACACAAACAGAGGCCAGAGCGUCAGAUUCGGGGAAGGAGAUCAGAUUCCCCCUGUUUUAGGAUUUGUGGAUGAAACAAGCGCAAGCGAAUCAGGGUUUUAA